UCCAUGGGCUGAAAGGGCUCCUCCAGCCCAAACCAUCCUGUGAUUCUGUGGCCUUCUCACAGCUCAAAAUCUGCUGAAUGCACGGAAAUGUUCCAUUUGUGCCUCAUUCCCCAGCCAGAGCACUGUUCUGUGCACAGGGGCUUAUUCAGACGUUGCUGACACGGGGAAGGAGCAGUCACUUGUCCUGAGCCUGCAGAGGUGUGUCCUGUUCGGGGGACGUGGGGCUGCUGCAGGGUGUCACCACCACACGCUUCACCAUUCCCAUUAAACCUGACAGAGCUCCCCCGAGACGGGGUCAGCUCAGAGCUAAGCCAGUAGAUGGUGCUUGAGAGAGGAGACACAGCUAUUGCCGGCUUUCCUAAAACGGGCUAAGCGCUGCAAAAGGCGCCCCCAGCACACUCUGGGCAGCUAUCGCCGUCCUUAAGCUGGCAAAGUCCAGAACACAACUUCUGAACUCCUUCCCCACGGCUGUUUUGUUCGUCUCUUUAAUCUGGAAGCCCAAGGCAAAGAGCUGCUUUGGUUUAGUUUUCAGAAGAACAUAAACGAGUCGCUGCUCCCUCAGCAGCGUCCAACCAGCACGUCCCACCGUCGCUUUGCCCCCGUGGCACUGCCUAUGCCACGCUUUGCAGCUCAGGGUCUGUCUGCCAAAGCUUCUCCACGGAUGCCAUUCAGAGCCCGGCACGGGAGCUCUCAGCAGCACGACGAAGAACCUCUGCUCGUGUUCGCCACAACCACCCCCUCGCGUUCCUAGAAGCACGAUGGGACGGUUCAUCUUAGGGGACACCUACUGUUGUCGCUGUCACCGGAGCUUAAGGUGUUGCACCAGGGAAAGAGAUGAGCCCUGAAUCUGCUUUGUGACUGGAGGAGAGAAAGAAGGAAAACUGUCUGUAAAACCCAUGGCGCCCCGCUGGCUGCAGCAAGCAAACUCUGCCCCCAGCCCUCGGAAAGUCGCUGCCUGGCACGCCGGACACGGGAUACCCUGUCCCGGAUCGUCCCCGACGGCGCUGGAGGGGGGAAGCACGCCCAGCUGCCCUCGGCAGUCUCCACCCCCUCGAGUGCAGUUUUAAGUAGGAGAGGAGCUGUUCAGAGAGAUCAGAGCAGAGCCGCAGAAAACACACAAGUAGAGUGGCCUGGAAAAGCGAUCAGCAACGGAAAACAGAGGAGGAGCAGCAGAAAAGAUAAGUUGAGGUUUGGAGGUGAUGCAGAGAACACUCAGAAUGGAAGGCAAACUCCCCUGUCUCCUGCUGCUGCUGGGAGCAAUCUCAACUGUUCAGUGCCAGGUCUUACGCACGCGGUUCAGACGGGGAGCCAGACCUAGAGUUACAGCCAUUUGCACAGACAAUUCAUCUGGAGAAACUUACCAGCACAGAAGCACGUGGCUGAGGCUGUCGGGGAGCAGAAUAGAGUACUGCCGCUGUGACAGCGGUCGGAGUCGCUGCCACACGGUGCCCAUCAGAGCCUGCACUAGAAAUAAAUGCUACAACGGGGGCCAGUGUUCACAGGCCUAUUACUCCCCACAGCUCUUCAUCUGCCAGUGCCACCAAGGCUUUGCUGGGAAGCAGUGUGAAAUAGAUACUGAGGUUAAGUGCUACCAAGAUGCUGGAGUAACAUACAGAGGUACCUGGAGCACGACAGAGAGCAGAGCUGAGUGUUUGAAUUGGAACAGCAAUGGCCUGCUGGACCGGCCCUACAGCGGCCGAAGGGAAGAUGCUGCUGAGCUGGGGCUGGGCAACCACAACUACUGCAGAAACCCAGAUGAGGAUUCCAGACCUUGGUGCUAUAUCUAUAAAGGGGGAAAAUACAUCUGGGAAUACUGUGGUGUGCCCUCCUGUUCAAAAGUUGGGAACAUCAACUGCAAAUCUGGAAGAGGCACAGACUACCGAGGCAGCCACAGUGUCACCAGCUCUGGAAAUACCUGUUUGAGGUGGAAUUCUCCAAUCCUUGUCAACAAGUUAUAUACAGCUUGGAGAAGAGAUGCUUCCCAGCUGGGCCUUGGCAGUCACAAUUUCUGCAGGAAUCCUGACAAUGACAGCAAGCCCUGGUGCCAUGUACUGAAAAGAAAUCGGCUCACAUGGGAGUUCUGCAACGUGCCUGUCUGCUCCACCUGUGGCUUACGGCAGCGCAGAGGCCGCCAGUUCCGGGUGCAGGGGGGCUCCUCUGCAGACAUCGCAGCCCACCCCUGGCAAGCUGCCGUCUCGGUGCGCUACCGCCGCGCGCCCGGCGAGCACUUCCUCUGCGGGGGAGUUCUCAUCAGCUCCUGCUGGGUGCUCUCAGCUGCUCACUGCUUCGAGGAACGCUUUAGCACAAGUCAGCUGAAGGUUGUGCUGGGCAGGACUUCCCGAGCAAGUCCCGAGGAAAACGAGCAGAAGUUUCAAGUGAAGAGCUACACCGUGCAUCAGGGAUUUGACCCAGAGAAUUUCAACAAUGACAUCGCUCUGUUGCAGUUGGAGUCAGAUGCAGAAGAGUGUGCUACUGAAACAGACACUGUCCGUGCUGCCUGCCUGCCAACACCUCAACUGCAGCUGCCUGACUGGACUGAAUGUGAAAUCUCUGGUUAUGGCAGAAAUGAAGAAUUUUCCCCCUUCUAUUCAGAGCACCUGAAGGAAGGCCACGUCAGGCUGUUCCCAGCCAGUCGGUGCACAACACAGCACCUGGACAACCGGACAGUUACAGACAAUAUGUUAUGUGCAGGAGACACAAGGAACCUCGAUGAUGCCUGCAAGGGGGACUCUGGAGGGCCUCUGGUCUGUCUGAAGGAUGAGCGUAUGUAUCUGAUUGGAAUCAUCAGCUGGGGAAUAGGCUGUGGCCGCAGAGGCAUCCCUGGUGUCUACACCAAUGUGAGUCGUUACCUUGAUUGGAUUCAGGACAACAUGAAACCCUGAGAAAGAAAAAGGAACUAUCCACAGUCUUGUGGCCAUGCCCUCACAGCUUCCUUCUGGGGGAUUUAAGGAUGCUGACAGGCCUUCUUGUUUGUUCAGAUGCUUAUGACUUUCAGUACGAGAGGAAAACAAACUGCAGUGUGGGACAGGCACAAUCUCCAAGUGCUCCCCUUUCCUUAUUACAGGCUAUCAGAAACUACCACUCCUUUCUCCCCCAUCCCCAAGCUUUCCCUUUGCAUCAAAUCACAGGAGUAUAAUUAAAAAUCCACUUUGGCCCAAGAGAAUAAUCCAAGAGGGAACAUGAUGCUCUCCAUGGGCAGCUAUGUUGCUUUGGGAAUGGCUGUGAACGGAGGGCAAAAGCCACACAAACCACUCUGAAACCACACAGACAAUGUAAAAAUUCGUUUUAUUGGUGCCCUUGCUGAAGGUUAUAUUUGCACAGAACAUGCUCAGCAGUAAGGCCACUUGCCAUGGCAUUCACCAGUUGCACUGGAACUUGCAAUGCCACAAGCAAGAUGCCACUUAUCCAAGUGUCCAUCACAUGCAAACCGGAAUGUAUGUUAUAUCCUUCGUUUAGGGUCACUUUGUUCUGUUCCCAAGCAUGAGCUGUACAUGCUGGACUUCACAGCCAUCUGACAGAUGCUGUAGUCACAUUGUACAGCACCUUAGGGACAAGUUCUUGUACCACAGAUUAAAAAAAACCUGGCAUCUAGUGGCCAAAGAGCACAUUACAGACAAUACAAACACUGCAGACACCUCUCAUUUCAUAUUUAUGCUGUACAGAGAGAUGCAGCACAGACUGGAAUGGGCAGAGGCAGCAACAGCUCCUGCAGAAGAGAUGGUCCCAGUGAAUAUUCCAGCUUAGCCUUGAAUCCACCUGCACAGCAGCUGAUUGGUAAAGGAACUAGAAUGAGGUAGGACAGCCAGAAACACUACAAACAUACCAGGACACAAUUAUCUCAAAGGAAAACAUCCAUGAGCAGGAGAACAGCAGUAUCACCUUCAUUUGUGACAGGCAGGCAGAGACAAAAAGAGGUUCCAACAAGUUACUAGGAUAGAGAUCAUCUUCAUUUACCCACAGCUUGCAGAGUGCUACAUCGCCACAAAAAUCCUCCUGCCUCUGUCUCUUCCCUGACUCCCCAAAGAUGGUGGGAGACCUUCCUACCUUCAGUCAUGGAGAAGCAGAACUACAUUCAGAUGUCACCACCCAGCAGUUACAAGAUGACAUGUGCUCCAGUCUGUCUGCAGAGAUUCAAGAUACCUGGUGACCAAGAUGGCUUAUGAAAAAGCAGCCUCUUCUUCCCUCUGUGGCACCAUCACCAAUCUCAACCUUCUUAACUUGCCAUCCUGGAAGUUGCCCUUGGAUGGGACAAUCUACCUUUCCACUUCUUCCUUUGAGGCAGAACACCUAGGGGAUCUCUCUGCUGCCAAGAAUUGCCUCUCCAGCCUUACUCCCAGGGAUGGAAAAGGGCAGAUGCCAGACCAUCACACUGCAGUUGGAGUUUGUACAUGACACAAAGUUGAAUUUCCACAAAGGGAUAAAAGCCAACCAAGAUAUAAGCAAGAGGAGUUACAAAAGGCAAUAAAUCCCUAGAAUUUCCUUUAAGACAGCAAAAUGAAGGUGAUAGAAGCUUACACAGCUGAUUCUCUAAUCCCAAGGGACCUGAACACCUCUCCCAUCUGCCGUUGUUCCAAAUACUUCAGACUCAGCUGAGAUAGUUUCAGGUCAACCUUACUUUUCCCCUCCCUAGCACCCUAAGCACUGGCUCUCCUGCUCAUGCUACUACAGGCAAGGGAGCAACCCUAAAGAGAGGGAUGGGGUAGGAGGCUGCAUCCGACAGCCAGGGACAGGAGAAACAGGAAAGUGCUCUUCCUCACUAUCAGGAUGCUCUAGGUUCGGACUUGGAACUUGCCAGCCUUAGUCAUGUAUUUUAUCCCCUUGAAGGGCUUGUACUUCUCCCCAUACAUGUCCAAGCGAUUCACCUUGAGUCCUAAAGGCAAACAAACAUAGCAUAAGACUGACUGCUCCCCCAGUGCAGACUGGCCUUCAGGGCAAAUGAACAGAAGAUCAUACUAGAGGUGCAGAAAGCACAGGGGAAGUUUUAGCAAGCAGUGAACAGAAAAGCUGACAACUGCUAAUUGUCAAAUCAUCCUUUACAUACACAUCCAUACCCUAGAGUUGUUGAUAGGCCUGUAAGCACACGAUGCAAGGCAAGGCAGACAGGCUGUUUCAGAGAGCAUCAGAGAGAACAAAUCCAUCCAUCUGUAGUCAAAGCAUACUUUUUACUUGAACAUAUUUCAGCUAGAACGUACCUGGGAAUGCCUGCAGAGCUACUUCAGCUACAUGCAGAGUGAGCACUGGCACAGCAAAGAGUAAUCAGCUUCUUUACCUGACAGUCACUUACCAGAUAUAGCCAGCUGCUGAAUUUUAAACUGCAGGUUAAUGGUGGGGUUUUCAUCUGGCUUUGAUGUCCCAGCUUGCAAGCUCACGCUGCCCUUCAGGCUUGGAAGCUUCUGGGGGUUUAUUUUCCCCACAUCCCAUGACAGCAACUUCAAGGAACAGAAAAGGCAGCAGUGGAACAGAAAUUAACACCCUCUAAAGAAGGAUCCCCUUCCAGUGACAGCUUUUAAUGUUUCUUUAUGGGAAAGGUAAUUCUCUUAGUAUCUUGCCUUUCCUAUUGGACAGACAGUACAGCCUCAAAGAGCAGCUGCCUCAAGACCUUUGAUUUCCCUCUCUUUUCCCAUCAAGGUACCCCAAAUGAAUGGUAUUUCUGCUACUUGUGAUGCAAUUCCUGUGUGUAACAAGGACAAAAAAAGAAUGCAGAAUUGCCUUCUUUCCAAGGGGCUGAAGCAGUGUUGAGGCUCUACAGUGGGUGGGCCACCAAAUGGAAGUUUGCAAUACAGAAAGAGUUAAUUAGUGAUCAAGGCAGGAAUCGAACAACAAAACCAGAACACCCCAAAACAAAUCAAAAUCCAGUAACCACCCCCAAUCUUCAGUGUCUGCAAAGGAGCAAGUCUAACUUGACAUUAGGUAAGCAGUUUGUAAAGCAUCCACCAGACUAAUGCCUCAUCAUACAAUACCAGUUCUUGGAUUCUCACCACACACCAAGCAAUCAGAACUACAAUCCACUCAGACACUGAACUAACUUCUAGUGUGGAACUGUCCAGAAAAAGCUCUCAGCCCAAGAACACCUACUGCCUUCAGAAAAGCAAUGUUCAAGGAAACGUUCCUGUGAGCAGGAGCAGCUCAACUCCAUUUGCUGAACAGCAAAAUGAUUAAAAAAAGAAUGUUACAAUUUCUUUUCUUACCUUUGUAACUGGAUCAAAGAUAUGUGUUCCCUGAGAGGGUGUGAGGGUCAUAUUUAAGACACUUUUUGGCAUCUGGCUAGUGACCAUCACACCCUCUACAGUCUUCCCCAUGGUCUGCUUUGGCCCCACUGUGAUCUCAAAACGUCCCAGUGAGCUGCUGUCACGGAAACUGAUGUUGUGUUUAACGUAGACAGGAAUUGCCACAAGACUGAAAGAGAUGUGAACAGAAAGUUCUUGUCAAUCUCUCACCGUCAUCUUUUGCUUUUCCUGAUACAGUCCUUUGCCUUCUGCACUCAAAUUUUUUAUAAACGCAGGAAAUCAACAGCUUGAUUACUCCACGUUGCCUAAUUCUUUCCCUCUCUAGUUUAUUCAUCUGCUACUAGUCUUUGAAAAAUGCUGGCUGACCAAAAAGAAAUGACAGCAUCACUCUGCAAACAAGGGGAAAAUAUGUGUUUUAAAAAAGAGUAGUGCAAGUUACCAGGCACCUCUCCUUCACGUGGCACAACCUGUCACCUAAUCUUUAAAAGCAAUCCAAUCCCCCCCUAGUCAGGAAGAUCCCAAUUUCACAAUUCACAGCACUACAUCCAUCACCUACUUCUGAGCACUGACGUGGUAGGAGAGCAAGCGAAAGUUGCCAUCAGGUGGAAUGAAGGAGAGUAUUCUCUCCGACUCCCAGCGCUUAAAACGCACACAGGGAUGAAAGCUGACAUCAUCCAGCAACCGAGGGUUCUGGAAGGAAACAAAGUCACCAGGUUAGUGAAGGCAGUACUAAAAAUAACACCCUCUUCCUCUCCACCUUCUAUCCAGGACAGGCCUACCAUUCAACACACUCUGCCCACCUGAAGGUACCUUCUACAUUCAGACACAUUAAGCUCCUUGGUGCUGCUAAAUAUCAGUACUCAACAACCUCUGUCCUAUUUUAGAAAAUACAGUCAUGUCAAGUAAUUACACUGAUGCACACUCAUCAAAGAUGGCCCUUUAGGGGAUCUAAAGCAGCACUGUACUUAGUCAAACUAACAGUACUUGUAACAGAGAAUCUGAAAAUAAAACCUUUAGGUUCAGAGUUGAUGAAGCUCACUCUGAGUUUCCA